AUGGUAAAGGCAGCGAAGCUAUCAAGUUGGAACCUUAUCCGUUUGAUUGUUGUGGAAUUAUUGUUUCUGAAAAUAUCCGCUGGAAUGAAAAUGAAUGUUUUGGGUGCGCUGAUCCAUACAUCUCAGCAGCUCCGUGGAUCAUCAGACGAAAGUAUAGCGGCAAUUAUAUCUUCAGUUGUUGGAGGUGUUUUCGUUAUUGGGCUUUAA